GAGUUUCCCUCCCAUCCUCCCCGCCUCACUCCACGGUCUUCUGUGCAAGCACACUGAAGACUUUACAGACUCCAGUGCUUUUGCCCUCACAGGUGUGUUAAUAAUCCCAGAUUAAAAUACUCCAGGGGAAUUUAUCAGUGAUAUUCACUGACCUCCUUUAACAAACAAAGCAAAACAAAAACCUGAGGAUUCUAUCCAGAUAGCUGAUUUCCCUCUGUCUGUGUGAUGUUAGGAAUAUUUAGGGAUGGCCUGGAGACAGAGGAGCAAAGGUUGGUUUUCAGUGUAUAUGUAAAGCCUCAUUUUGGUUUGAAGCAGUGAAAACUGGAGAGAGAGGGAGAGAGGUCAAGCUGUCCGGUUUAAUCAGAUUAGGACGGAUUCUGCUGAUGAAUUAAAACCUGCAAGUAGUUACUAGGAGCUCAAACAGCCUGGCAAGAAAGUUGGCUGGAGAGGAAGUUGCUGUUGCUGCUGCUACAGAGAAAUCGGGACAAACUCACAUAAGGAGCCAGCAAUGCCAGCAAUCAAUAUAGAGGAUUUGAGCGAGAAGGAUAAACUAAAAAUGGAAGUAGAACAGCUCCGGAAAGAAGUCAAGCUGGAACGACAACCAGUUUCUAAAUGUUCCGAAGAAAUUAAAAAAUACAUUGAAGAAAGAUCUGGAGAAGAUCCUCUGGUGAAAGGCAUUCCCGAAGACAGGAAUCCUUUUAAAGAAAAAGGAGGAUGUAUUAUUGCUUAGAAGAACAUGGUUAGGCAAUGCUGAAACUGGAAUAAAAAGCAUCGUAGCGUAACUAGCCUGAUUUAAGUUACAGGAAUCCGUGUUGAACAAAUAGAUACUGGUUUAAAAAAGAAGGAAAACAGAACAUGUCUGCUGUUAAUUUCAUUCCCUGAAGCGGAUUCUUGCUUAAUGUAUCCCUAAAUAAGUUUCUAGAGGCUGUUUCCUGUUCUUUUAAUUUCCUGCACGUGCUGGUUUGAAUAAUAAAAGAAAUCUAUUUGUAUAAUCAAUUACAGUGUUAUUUUGCUAAAGAAAAUGUUAAGAUGCAUAGUGAAAUGUGCUUUUUGUUG